AUGCUGGAGUCCUUGCUGAGACAGGAAAACCACCAACCUGCCAUGAAAGGACAUUUGAAGCAGUUGGCUGGAUUUUUUUCUUUACUUAGCGUCUUGCUGAUGAUCAUAAUAAUGCCCCAAGGAUGCCUUUCAUUGAUAGCCAGCUUUGAGCACAGCAUUUAUAUUCCACCAAGUCCUCUGAAUGUUCCAGAGAGGAGGGUCAUGUGUUCAGUUGCUGGUAAAUACACUGAGGCUCAUGGAGGUGAUGGGCCCUCCCCGGGCUGGCCCUCCAAGUUGGGCAGAGUGGGCUUCACCCCAGAGCCGUGGAGAGUCCCUACUUCAGACAUUCAGGAAGGGGCCCUGGUUCUGCCUCUCUUAAGACAUAGGAGCUGGGGGAAACUGGUUAAUGCACCUGCCUCCAUGCUUCUCAUCUACACAAAUAAAGGCUAUAAAGACACCCAGCUUAGGACAAAGUGA